AUGGAUGUUCAAAAACGUGAUUGUCUUAUUCGUGAUAUUCCUGUUGAUUGUCUUGUCACAAAUCAAGAAAGUAUUAGUAUUGUAUGGUUUGAUUCAAUAAUGAUAAAUCAGAAUAUUUCUGAUUUAUCAUUUAUUCAUCUUCGUACUCUUAAUGAUUAUAUUUUAUUUUAUAGUCAGAAAUCUUUGUAUUUCGAAUAUUUGAUGUCGAAACAAAAGAAAAAUGAUCAUGUUAUUGUUAUAUUAGAUGAUAUUGAAAUUCUCGAGCAGACACAAAAUUUUGUUGGUAUAUUUACUGAUAGAAAUUCAAUACUUGUUAAACUACAAAAACUAAUCGUUGAUGUCGAACAUCAAGUUGCCCAAAAUGUUGGAAAUAUAUUUAGUACAUUCAAUCGACAAGAAAGAACUCUGCGAGAUGUUCGCCAUGAAUUGGCUGUUUUCAUGUGGCGUCAAGUUUUUAAAAUUAUGGUCAAAACAAUGCCUCAUACGCUCGACGCCCGACAAGAAUUGAUUGACCAAUGUCGUUUAUAUUACAAUGGAAACCAAAGUCAACUGACUAAAAUCGAUGAGUUUGAGCGAGACUAUAAUCCAACUGAUGCUGUUCGAUGGUAUACUAAAUCAUGCUUCCUCUUUCGCUCGCUUAGUAAAGCUCUUCGCACUGAAGAUUUAGGAAGUCUAUAUACAUUCCGAUAUUUUAUUAGUGAUCUAUGCACAAUUCUUGAAGCAACUCGUGAUAAGCGAAACAUAACACAAGUUUAUCGUGGCGGUCAAAUGAACAAAGAUGAAAUAGAAAACUAUAGUGUUGGUACUAUUGUAGCAACUAAUGGUUUUUUAUCAACAUCACGUGAUUUACUUGUCGCUAAACGAUUUAUAGGAUUAGAUAUAAUAACAGAAAAAUCGCCAAACGGACCCCAGGACAACUACGAAGUACAAAAAUCAGGACAACCACGAAGGGUUAAUAUUGAUUGGGAUCGUUCACCAGAUAUAAAUGUGGCUGAUAUAAGUGUUCAAAGUGACUUUCCGGAUGAAAAUGAAGUUUUAUUUGAUAUAGGUACGACAUUUGAAAUAACUGCAAUUAACUAUGAUUGUGAACAUUACUUAUGGCACAUAGAAAUGCAACCAUCGAUGGAAGUCGCUCAACUAAAUCGAGAAUAUGAACAUUAUAUUCGUCAACGACUGACAGAAACAAAUUCAACUUUACUUUUCGGCAUUUUACUAACCGACAUGGGAGAAUAUGAACAAGCAGCCAAUUAUUUUCAACAUCUUUUAGCACAUAUGUUUGACGAUCAUGAAGAUCGACCCAAUGUGUAUUAUAGUGCGGCACGUAUUUAUCGAUUUACUAACCAAUAUGAAAAAGCAUUGGAAUUUUUUCGUCGUGCCGAGCUUUUACAACGUGCAAAACUACCUGAAUCUAAUUUUGAUUUAGCUCGAACUUUGGCUGGUAUUGCUAGAGAAUGUCUACACAAUUUAAUUGUUCUUAUUAGUUGUCUUACUAAUUCGUACAUGUAUUCAGAACAAUUAAGUUUUGAAACUGGAUCGCAGUGA